UCUGAGGACUUCUCGUUUCAUUCGGUGUAGACUACCCUCGCCGGACAAGCGUUGACGCUCCUACUCGACGGGAAUACAAGUCACGAGUGAGUGAGUGCGGGAGUCGAGGAGACGUUGUCGAUCAUUCUUCGGUUGUCGGAUGGAUAGCAUCGGCUGAAUCACCCAUGAUUUUUUAAAAUUAGUUCCGAUAAUUUCGAAUGACUGAAAGAUGUGAGUUUCUCCGUGAAGUUGUGAAUUUUCUCUAAUUUUAGUGAACAUUGUGCCACAAUUAGUGGAAUUACAAAUGAUUAAAAUGUCGACUGAGGAGACUAGAGUGGGUUGUUUCCAAGUGCUGCUAUUAUUCCUACUCGCAAUAAAUUGCAUUAUCGUUGCAAUGAGUCACGCAUUACCCGCAUUCCACAAUUACACCCCUAGAUUUUACUGCGAGAGUUCGGAUCAGGGCAAUCGGAGUUAUGGAUGCGUGCGUGGGGAGGAACGCGAGAAUUCAACGGCUGCAGUGGGAGGAGGGGAAUUUUGCCAGACUGAGUACAUAUUUGAGGCGGAUCGAGGAGAGAAGAGCGUGGUUACUGAUUGGGGGCUCGUUUGCGAGAGGAGUUAUCUCAGGGAUUUGGCUAAUAUUGUUUAUUAUGUGGGGGUCUCGAUUGGCGCAUUGAUCGCAGGGGUUGCUGCGGACAGAGUUGGAAGACUUCCGGUUCUUGCGGUAUGUCUGUAUGCGCAGGGCACUAUGGCCGUGGCUACUUACAUUGUUCAGAGUUACCCGGUCUUCCUGGGUCUUCGCGGCCUGCAAGGGAUAUUCGCCCAAGGAUUACACUCCGCGACAUACGUUUUAAUUCUGGAGUUGUUCCCAACAAAGUUCAGAACACUAAUAUUCACUGUGAUGGGAAUAGCCUGGUCCCUGGGAUUACUACUCUUAGCUGGCCUCAGCUAUAUCAUCCUGGACUGGAGGAUUCUGCAAUUGGCUGUUUCCGUGCCCACAGCCAUUACCGUCCUCUACGUCGGGAUUAUCCCCGAGUCGCCAAGAUGGUUGCUGGCCAAAGGAAAAACCACAGAAGCUGACAUGGCACUCGAGAAAAUUACAAAAUACAAUGCCUGCUGUUGUGGUGGCAAAGUGCGUAGAGAACUAGUAGCCGAUAACAGUGAGAACACAACACCUGUCAAACCAACACGAAAAUCUCAGGUUUUUUCUGACACGAAAGACAUAACUGAAAGCGAAGCUGUAAAUCUGCUAACGCCAACUAAUUCAGCACAUCGAAAUUCCCGAAGAAUCAGUUUACGUGCUAUUUCGGAGAAUCUGGAGAAACGACUAUCGAAUUUAACACCGGAAACGUCGGCUGAGGGGAAUAAUGGGGAGGUGGAGUUUGGGGAGUCAUCUACGUCUCGGAGUAAUCGAAAUUCUAAGGCGUGCACUGAUGAGACAAUUGUUAAUGAUACUGGAAAUGGGGGGGAAUCGAAUGAUGCCACUUCGAUCGAAGUGGACAUUAAACCGAUGGAAAACCACUUGUCUGAGGAGAGUCAGGUCAACGAGGACGAAGAGACUGAGAAACUAUCGGGGAUAUCUGAGUCUUCCCGAUCUACUAAUCUGUUCUUUAUCAAGUACAGCGGUGUCGUUGCAUUACAAUGGUUCUCGACAUCCCUGGCAAACGCAAUUGUAUUGAAAUCGCUGCCAAAUUUAUUAGAAAAUCGACACAUAAAUUUUGCCGUUGGCGGUAUAAUAGAACUCGCUAUUUACCUAGUCAUCUAUUUUAUUUUGUCACGGCACGGAAGACGUUUACCACUGGGUAUUUUUCAGUCCCUCAACAGCAUGAUUUGCAUCGUGAUAGCCGGGCUGGUAUUCCUGCCUCGUCUAACGGCAUUUUGGAUUGGUACGCAAAGCAUUGCGAGAACGACAUUACUGCUGUUGGGUAGAGUAACGACUACGAGUACAGUGGGUACAGUUUAUUUGUACACCGUUGAGAUAUUUCCAACUGUUUUACGAGCUACUUGCUUAGGUGUUUUCACUGUUUUUGGUACGAUUGGUUACCUCGGUGCACCGUACAUCAGUGCUGUGGAGCAUUGUGUGCCCAUGGGGGACUUUAUGCUGGCGGCUUUGCUGUGUCUCAUUGCUGGGCUGUCUUGUCUAGUUAUGCCGGAAACAGUGAGCAAGGCACUACCGGAUACUAUUAAGGACGCGCAGAGAUUAACUAUUGGGGAGGAUACUUGCAAUGCUAAUGGACGGGAGGAUGCCGCCGCUGAGAGGGAAAUCCUCAGGGAAAAAUUGUUCUCCGAGGAUUGGGUCGAUGCUGGCAAUGGAAUUAUCGUUAAUUUUACGGAGAAUAAAAAUUGAUUGGGAUGAGAUGGCGGAGGUUUGCAGGGAAGUGGUGAAGAACUGGAAAUUAAUGGGCUCAGGAAAAUGUCGAGACUCUUUUUAUGAGAAAGAUUUUGUGAUGAAUUGGUUCGCAAAUUUAAGGAUGUUUUUGAGGAUAUCCUAGUACCUUUGCAGUUUUGUAUGGAGAAUAGCAUAGGGGACAUUAAAUAUUACGCGACACGAUCAGGGGGGGGCGGGGCGACAAUUGUCGUGUUGAAUCAAUUCACUGGGGGAAGAAAAAGGUUUUAACCAAAACAUGAUAAUUGUCGUAGUAGUUUCUCUCGUGAGACAUUUAUAUGUCUUUCGGGUAAAUUCAUUCGUUUCACAGAGAAUUAUAUGAGACUCCGGUUUUAUCUAGUGAAUGGUAUUGAGUAGUUUAUAUCUUUGUCCAAUAAACAAUUAAUUUCCAUGGAACAAAUGAUAAUUUCAAGAGGAAACUACAAUUUUCUUGCAGAGAACUUGUGUUGUGCUAUUGUUUUAUUGACAAGAGAAUGAAGUUUAGUCAUCCAAUGUUGAAGGACAAAAAUCAUUGCAAACUUGGUAACUUGGAGUGUAAUGGGGUAUCAUUGAAAGGUCUCAAGUUUGACAAUAAAUUUUCAAAAGAAUAAUUUUAAUAAAAAAAACUGAGCGAAGUGCUUGGAUAUCCUUGAAAUAAUGUCAAUAUUUGAAAACGGUUGGAAGGGCUAGAAAUUUUCACCACUCCAAUACUGUUUUGUACAUAUCUUCGUUUUAAGAUGCUUGAUGGACCAAAAUAUUUUCUACUAAUAAUGCAUAGACUUUGUUCCUAUUGUAGACUGAGUAGAAUUCCUUUCUCUAUGUGAUGAUGUUCGAGUUUAAUUUAUUCCGAAGUAAAUUCCUCUAUUAAAGCCUUAAGAUUAUGCGCACAAAUGUCAUUAUCAACGUUGAA